AUGAGUUCAGGAGGACUUGCAAUGUCACAGGACGAGGCACAUACCAUCAGGCCCAACUUCAAAUCAAAAUUCCGGUCUGGACCAGUCCAAAAGAUAAUCCACGAUGUAUUACAGUCUCGACUAGCCGGUGCCACGUAUGAUCAGACUCAAUGCUCGACAUGGACGCGAGAAAUAUCUGAUGAAAUCAAAAACAGAUUAAAAGAACUAGAUUUACAACGAUACAAGUUUGCUGUGAAUGUCAUUCUUGGAGAACAACGUGGUGAAGGUGUUCGUAUUGGAGCACGUUGUCUAUGGGAUGCUGAUACUGAUAAUAUUGCUCAGGACGUCUUUAUGAAUGAAUCAAUAUUCUGUAUCGCAUGUGCAUUUGGCGUCUUCUACUAUUAA